GCCAAUUAUACUCAGCUAGCACAGCGCAAAAAUAAAAAAAGAACCUUUGCCAGCUUCAGGCAUGCGCAAAGCGAAAUUUAUGUACAAGCAAAACAAACAAACACUGUACAUCCUGUAUUGCGUUUGGCAACUGUUUUUGUUUUUUUUUGUACUUCAAAAUGCUGCUUGCUGCGAUAUCGGCACAUGCUCACUGUAAGCUUCUUGGUGUGGCAUACAUACAUACACUGAUCUUCAGCUUUUCCUUUAUUUCAUAAAAAAGUUCGUGAAAAAAGCUGCCGCUGCGCAGCAGAAACCUAAUUUUACAUCGCUGUAGUAGCAUGUAGAAUAAAUAACAGAAAAAAAAUGUCUGUUUCGCUUCAUGCAAAUUCUGCACGAAACAAAACUAAACAAUGUUAUACGAUGUCUCCACGACAAGUGAUUCGCUCUCCUAUUCUUCAUUCGCUCUCUCAUUCGUGAUUGGCGCCCCAAUCAUGAACCGAAUCACGUAAUUCGCCAUACAAAAUUUUGAGAGCGAAUCACUUCAUUCGUAGGUGAUUCAGAUCCAAUCACCAUACGAAUCAUGAAAAAAUCGUUGUCUUCUCUAAUUUUUAUAGAAAACAGAUGUCAAAACACAGACAGCUGCCAAAACAAAGCAAGAAAAAUAAAUAAAGAAUAAACAAUUAAAGAUAAAAUGGAUGCAAAAGUUCAAAUGGUGAAGAAAAUAAUCAUGUCGAGGAGGUUGUUGGCCACAACUAGGGUGAGUGAAGAGGCAAAAGUAUGUUACGGCAUCUCCAGGAUAAGCAUUUGCUGAUUUUGGAGGAAUUGGAUCUUUUGUAUGCUUUGAACGAAUCACUUGGCUCCGGAAGAAGAUUAAUUUGGAAAAAAGAACGAACUCAAUCCUUCUUUGAGAAAGAUUGUCAGAAAGGAGAUGAAGUUUUUUUUAAAAACAACUUCAGAAUUAGCCGACAACUUUUUUAUAAAUUAUGCGAACUACUGCCAGAUCUGCGAAAAAGUGAUACAAAUAUGCGAGAAACGAUACCAUUGGAAAAACGAGUUGCUAUAGCUCUAUAUGCUCUAGGGCCAUCUUCCGAGUAUCGCACAAUCGCAAAUAUGUUUGGCGUGGGAAAGGCAACCGUAUGCAAAAUAUUAUUGGGUUUUUGCAAUGAGGUCUGGAGAGUUUUGGCUCCAAUAUAUUUAAAAAACUUCCCGUUGACAGAAGACAAAAUUAAAGGCUUGGUGCAAGAGUUUGAAACAUAUGGAUUUCCCCAAUGUAUGGGAGCACUUGAUGGAUGUCAUAUUGAGAUUCACCCACCCAAGGAAGACGCUACAGACUACCACAACUAUAAGGGAUGGUAUUCAAUCGUACUGCUAGCAUUGGUGGACGCCAGAUGUCGUUUUAUAUAUGUUAGCUCCGGCAGCCCAGGACGCUGCAACGAUUCUCAAAUUUUUCAGACAUCUUCUCUAAAGCAACAAUUGGAUGAAUGUGUUCUUUCUUUUAAGCGAAUUGAAAAAAAACUAUUUCCGAUGUUGAUGUACCGGUUUUUAUAAUUGGGGACUCGGUAUUUCGGUUAAGUGACAAGCUAAUGAAGCCGUAUCCGUUUCAUAUUUCACAAAGCCGCCAACAAAAGCUCUUCAACUAUAGAUUAUCUAAAUCUCGCAGAGUAGUGGAAAACGUAUUUGGACACUUAAAGGCUCGUUUCAGGCGUAUUGGCAAAGGAAUAGAUAAAAUAAAUGAAAAGUGGAUGCAAGCUUUACAAGUUGUGGAAGCAAACCGCGCGUAUCCUGAAUAUGUAGCGGUACUAGCGGAACAACGAAACAAUCCAGAAAGUAUAAGAAACGCUAUUUCUUCUUAUUUGUGUAAC